GGAGACCGGGAGGGAGCAAGGGACGCUGCUUCCUCCGAGUCUCAGCCUCGCGCAGGAACCUGGAGCGCGAGCCCGCCAGGUCUCCUAGUGGCCUUUCCUCUACCUAGCAGCCCUCUGCUUGCCAGCCGUCCCUGCGAACGACCUUCGCCUUCUCCUCUAGGCCAUGGCCUCCCGCGGCGCGGGCACCCUGCUUACUGGCAACAAUACGGCCUACGUGCCGCCCUGCUUAAUGCCUGGGUAUCAGGGUCAUGUUCCAAAUGUGGCCUUCUCCUUUGGGGAUACCUACGGCAAUGCCACCUAUAAGUACUUCCAAGAUUGCAGAAAUUCAGCCCUGGAUACAAGCUAUAGUCCCUACAGCAAAGGGGGCCAGUUCCCAACGCUUUGCUCUCCAAAUCCCAACCUAGUAUUGGGUUACCGCUCCCAUGCCUGGGACCGCUGGCUACAUACACCUACCUAUACGCGCUAUAACCUUGACUGCAACAGAUCUACAGAGCUCAAGCAAUUCUAUCAGCUGGUACAGAUGCACCGAGAACAUUACCGAGACAAGACGGGCACCAUCAACCGGGUUCCUUACUUUGUGCUGCCUGUGAAGGAGAAGGAUCGUUACCCUCUGCCUACUGAUCUGAGCAGCACUCAGAACCCGGAAAUGGUGCAGAAUUUAAACUAAUCUCCAAGGCCUUAAAGAGACCACCGUUGUCCCCGAAAAAAAAGUGGCACCUGUUUAGAAUGGCCCCUGAGAACCUGAAGACACACCAAACAUUCCCAUCUGGGAAAAGGGUCUCCACACAGGAGAGAUAUGUGAGAGAUUGUUACUUUGAG